AUAUUUAUAAGAAGAUGAGAUGAAAUAUCAAAACAAUGAAGCAGUGAUGCUUCUUCCUCUGCUCAAUCUCUCUCUCUAACCCUAAACCCACUUCCAUUUCUCUCUCUAUUCCAAUCCCAAUUUCAAUUCUCUCUCAAUUUCAAUCUCAAUUCAAUCCCAAUUUCAAUUUCAAUCCAUCACAUCAAAAACCCCCAAUUCAAUUUGGAUCCAUUGAUUAACAGCAAUUCUUCAAUUCAAUCUCAUUGAUCACUUCAAAUUUCCAAUCUUGCGAGUUUUAAUCGAACUGGGUCGAUCCAAUUCGAUUGUUUUGAUCCAAUUCUAGGGUUUCCCGAUUGAAAUGGUCUAUUUCCAUAGCUCAAUCUCCCCCGUUGACCAAUCAUCAUCAUCCAUGGCGAAUUCCCUCGAUUUCCCCAAAUCGAGGAACCGUAAGACUCUCAAUUCUCUUCAGAUUCCGCCUUGCGAGCGAUCCCGAUCCCGAUCGGCUGUUAUCGAUGUCGUUAUAUUCAUAGCUGUUAUAACCGCUUUAGGGUUCUUGGUUUUCCCUUACAUUCAGUUUGUGAUGAGUGAAAGUUUCAAAAUUUGUUGCUUGAUUGUUGAUUUGGUGAGGGAAGAGGUUUCUGUUGCUCCUGUGAUCUAUGUUUCUAUAGGUGUUAGUGCUUCAUGUGCUGUUUGUGCCACAUGGUUUUUCGUGUCGUAUAUAUCGAGGAAAUGUGGGAACCCUAAUUGCAAGGGGUUGAAGAAUGCUGCUGAGUUUGAUAUUCAGUUGGAGACUGAGGAUUGUGUGAAGAAUUCGUCUUCGUUGGGGAAAGAUGGUGGUGGAGUUAAGAAGGGUCUUUUUAAGAUUCCGUGUGAUCAUCAUCGCGAACUUGAGGUCGAGCUUAAGAAGAUGGCGCCGAUUAAUGGAAGGGCUGUUCUUGUUCUUAGAGGAAAGUGUGGUUGUUCUGUUGGUAGGUUAGAAGUUCCGGGUCCGAAGAAGAAUAGAAAGAUCAAGAAAUAGGAUACAGAAAAUAAGAAAAGACUCUUAACUCAUAGGAAGGAGAGGAUUUGCAUACCGAAUUUGAUCCUAAUUGGGAUGAGGAGUUGGUUAUAGUUAUAUGGUCAUGGUCUUCCAUGUAGCUGAGACACCGACACAACACUGACACAUGUGGUUAUGUUUGAUGUUUGUGUCUGUGUCUGGGCUUCGUGGAUGGUCAUUUUAUUAGGGAUUUAGAUUGUCUUUAAAUAAGCCUGUCACGGCAAUAAGUUGUAAGAAACUUUGGAUCAUACACAGUUUGGUUAUUUAUACCUUGGAAUAUCAUAAUACUUUGAUCUGAUUUACUUAAAUAA